AUGUCGAGACUUGAAAGGACCGAGUCCAGCGGACCCAUGCAAGCCACAAUCAGAUACGACAACGGCAAGAUGCUCAUGGCCGAAGGGCCGCAAGCACUGCACGAACACGUUGCGUCUCGCGUGAUAGUAGCACUGGGCGGCAACAUCCCACAGAUGGAAGUGCGCUUCAAAGACGUCUCAAUUUCGGCCGACAUUGUGGUGAAAGAUGAGGCCAAUCUCAAGGUCGAGCUGCCCACGCUCCCCAACGAGCUCAUGACGAGCCUCCGAAGCUUAGGAACUACGAAGCACUCGGUCAAGAAGCACAUCCUCAAGAACAUCAGCGGCGUGUUCAAGCCAGGCACCAUCACACUGGUGCUCGGCCAGCCGGGAUCUGGCAAGUCGUCGCUCAUGAAACUCCUCAGCGGCCGCUUCCCGAACAACAAGAACGUCACAAUCGAGGGCGAAGUGACGUACAACGGCACACCAGCCAACGAGCUGCUCAGACGUCUGCCGCAGUUCGUGUCCUACGUGACUCAGCGAGACAAGCACUAUCCGUCCCUUACGGUCAAAGAGACGCUCGAGUUCGCGCACGCCUGUUGCGGUGGCGGGCUCUCCGAGCGUGACGAGCAGCACCUUAUCAACGGCUCGCCCGAGGAGAACAAGGCCGCGCUGGAGGCUGCGAGGGCCAUGUGCAAGCACUACCCAGACAUCGUCAUCCAGCAGCUCGGACUCGACAACUGUCAGAACACCAUCGUGGGUGACGCCAUGAUCCGCGGUGUGUCUGGCGGAGAACGCAAGCGCGUGACAACGGGCGAGAUGGAGUUCGGCAACAAGUACGUUAUGAUGAUGGACGAGAUCAGCACGGGACUCGACAGCGCCGCGACGUUCGACAUUAUCACGACCCAGCGCAGCAUUGCCAAGAAGUUCCGCAAGACGAUCGUGAUUUCGCUGCUGCAGCCGUCGCCUGAAGUCUUUCAGCUCUUUGACGAUGUCGUGAUCUUGAACGAGGGCUACGAGAUGUACCACGGACCGAGGGCUGAGGCACUGAGUUACUUCGAAAGCUUGGGCUUCAAGUGUCCGCCUCAUCGUGACGUGGCCGACUUCUUGCUGGAUCUUGGCACGGACAUGCAAGCGCAGUACGAAGUGGAAUCUGCUCGACGUAGUUCGGUCCCGCGGUGGGCGAGCGAGUAUGCUGAGAUGUUUACACGGUCAGUGAUUUACAAGCGUAUGAUGGACGAGCUGCAUGGCCAGGUUCAUCCGAAUCUGAUCAAAGACAUGACAGAGCAUAUCAAGCCGAUCCCGGAGUUUCACCAAAACUUUUGGGAUAGCACGAUGGCUGUGGUGCUUCGUCAGAUCAAGCUGACGUCGCGAGAUGCUGCAUUCCUCGCGGGUCGCUCUAUCAUGGUUAUUUUGAUGGGGCUGCUGUACUCAAGUGUCUUCUUCCAGUUUGACGAGACAAACGCACAGCUGGUCAUGGGCAUCAUCUUCAACUGUGUCAUGUUUGUAUCGCUCGGACAGCAAGCUCAAAUACCAAUGUUCAUGGCGGCCCGAGAAGUGUUCUACAAGCAGCGGCGAGCCAACUUCUUCCGGACCGCGUCCUUCGUGCUCUCCACUUCAGUGAGUCAGCUUCCGUUGGGUCUGGCCGAAUGUCUGGUGUUUGGCUCGAUCGUCUACUGGAUGUGCGGCUACGUGUCGACUGUCGGUGCCUUCCUCCUAUUCGAGCUCAUGCUCUUUUUGACAAACCUGGCGAUGGCGGCCUGGUUUUUCUUCUUGUCAUGCGCUUCGCCCAACCUGAACGUGGCCAAUCCGGUGUCCAUCGUUUCCAUCCUGUUCUUCAUCCUGUUUGCUGGCUUCGUCAUCACAAAGGAACAGAUCCCGGAUUACCUCAUUUGGAUCUACUGGAUCAACCCCAUGGCCUGGGGUGUUCGUGCGCUUGCGGUGAACCAAUACACAGACUCCAGCUUCGAAACCUGCAUUUACGACGGCGUCGAUUACUGCGCCACCUACAACAAGACCAUGGGCAAAUACUCGUUGGAAACGUUUGAGGUGCCUUCCGACAAGUUCUGGUUGUGGUACGGCAUGGCUUUCAUGGCUGUCACGUACGUCCUGUGUAUGAUCUUGUCAUACAUUUCGCUGGAGUAUCAUCGAUUCGAGAGUCCCGAGAACGUGGCGCUGGACACGGAAGCCCAAACGAACGUGGCUGAUGAGUACGGUUUGGUUCAGACACCACGCGGCUUCGAAGAACGAGGUGAAGCAUUGGUGUCAGUAGCUCCCGGCGGAGAAAAGCAGUUCAUCCCUAUCACCAUCGCUUUCAAGGACCUUCGGUACAGCGUGCCGGACCCGGCCAACCCGAAAGGAACAAUUGACCUGCUCAAAGGUAUCACUGGCUACGCGAGCCCAGGUACCAUCACGGCACUCAUGGGAUCGUCGGGUGCCGGCAAGACGACGUUGAUGGAUGUCAUUGCUGGACGCAAAACGGGAGGAACGAUCGGUGGCCAUAUCCUGCUCAACGGCGUUCCUGCCACCGACCUCGCCAUCCGACGCUCGACUGGGUACUGCGAGCAAAUGGACAUCCACUGUGAGUCGGCAACAUUCCGCGAGGCGCUCACGUUCAGUGCAUUUCUCCGCCAAGGCGCUGACGUUCCGGACAGCCAGAAGUACGACUCGGUGAAUGAAUGCCUGGAGCUGCUCGACCUGCACCCGAUUGCUGAUCAGAUCGUCCGCGGCAGUUCUGUGGAGCAGAUGAAGCGACUGACGAUCGGUGUGGAGCUGGCGGCUCAGCCCAGUGUGCUUUUCCUAGACGAGCCCACGAGCGGACUGGAUGCGCGUUCCGCCAAGCUCAUCAUGGACGGCGUGCGCAAGGUGGCGAACACGGGUCGGACCAUUGUGUGCACGAUCCAUCAGCCUUCGACGGAAGUUUUCGGCGUGUUCGACAGUCUGCUACUGCUGAAGCGCGGCGGUGAGACGGUGUUCGCGGGUGAGCUGGGUGAAAACGCGUGCAAGAUGAUUGCGUACUUUGAGUCCAUCGAUGGUGUGGAGAAGCUGCCGGACAACUACAACGCGGCAACGUGGAUGUUGGAGGUGAUUGGUGCGGGCGUGGGCAACAGCAACGGUGCCAAGGACUUUGUGAAGGUCUUCCAGGAGAGCAGACAGUUUGAGAUUCUGCAGGCAAAUAUGGACCGUGAUGGUGUGACUCGACCGUCGGCGGACUUGCCUGAACUGAUCUUCACGGACAAGCGCGCUGCGACGGAGAUGGUCCAGAUGACGAUGCUGAUGCAGCGCUUCAUCCGCAUGUACUGGCGCACACCGUCGUACAACCUCACCCGCUUCGGUCUCUUCUUCAUCCUUGGUCUUGUUUUCGGCAUCACGUACGUCGACUCGGAGUACACGUCGUACACUGGCAUCAACUCGGGCUUGGGCAUGCUGUUUUGCGUGACAAGUUUCUUGGGAUUCAUCGCGUUCAGCAGCGUCAUUCCAGUUGCGUCCGAGGACCGGUUAUCGUUCUACCGCGAGCGCGCGUCUCAGACGUACAACGCACUGUGGUAUUUCGUGGCGUCGACACUGGUGGAGAUCCCGUACGUCUUCAUCGGCACGAUGUUCUUCAUGGCUCCGUACUUUCCAAUGGUUGGCUUUACCGGCGCGGCCACCUUCUUCGCCUUCUGGCUGCAUCUGUCCAUGCACUUGCUGUGGCAGACUUACUUCGGCCAGCUGAUGUCGUAUUUGCUGCCGACGGUCGAAGUUGCUUCGAUCUUCGGGGUGCUACUGCAGACCAUUUGCUUCUUGUUCUGCGGCUUCAACCCGCCUGGAAAUUCAAUCCCGAGCGGCUACGAGUGGCUGUACCACAUCACGCCGCACAAGUACUCGUUGGCUCUGGUUGCGUCGCUCGUGUUUGGUGACUGUCCAAGUGACGGUGAUGGCUCGGAAGACGGGUGCCAGGUCUUGACGGGCGUCCCUCCUUCCCUCCCUGCAACCCUGACGGUGAAGGGGUAUCUGGAGAGUGUCUUUCUGAUGAAGCACAGCGAGAUCUACGAGAAUUUUGGGAUCACUUUGGGCUUCAUUGUGCUCUUCUGUCUGCUGGCGCUGCUGACUCUGCGCUUCGUCAACCACCAGAAGAAAUAG